AAAAAUAGGGGAAGGGAGGGAGAGAGGAGAGAAAUAAAAACAGCACAAGAGGACAGCAGACAGCACGGAGGAAAAAAUCCCUCUGAGGUUCCACCAUGUUCCUGCAGACUGUCUCCAUCCUCUUCCUCUCGGCCGUCCUCUUCGGCUGCCUGGAAGGGAAGGGUGUGCAAAUGCAGCGAGAUGUUCAGUGCUGCAUGCAGUACUCUCAUGGCAAAGUCCGGACCAAAGACGUCCUGAGGUAUGAGAGGCAGACGGAGGGGCCGGAUUGCAGCAUAAGAGCCAUCAUAUUGUACACCAAAAAGGCGGUGAAGUGCGCUGAUCCAAGUGACAGGAAGGUGAAGAGGUUACUACGGAAACUGAACCAGAGGAUGGGAGCCAAAGCCCGCAGGACCAUGUGGCUACAUCCACAUAUGAAUCUACCCGUCAUGUCGGAGGUCGCAGUUGUUAACUCCCAAAAGAUGAACAAGACCAAGUGAAAGUUGAGGGAGGACAGGUGAUUCAUGAAACUCCAGCCUUGUGUGUCAACUGUUUUCUUGUAUAAGAAAAUAUAUGUAGUCUCAUAGCAUUCACUACCAAUCACUAUGUUAUCCAUAUAUAUUGUGAUAUUUAGAUGUCUUCUCAAAUGACUGUUAAUCUAUAUGCCAAAGUAUUCUUCUCUGAGACUUCUUAAAGGUUGUUUAUAAUCUCUGCAGCUAUGUAUAGUCUCUAUAACUUAUAUAAGCUCUUCUAUAGAGUCCAGUAAGCUGGUAUGACUGUUCUCGACCAAUUUAUAGUGCAAUUACAGAUGAUCUUGUGUAUGUUAAAACACAACUAAUUUUUAUAUAUAAUAAUAAAUGGAAAAAAAAAAUAAGUAUGAUUUUGUU